AUGGCUUCUUCUGCCCCUACAGCGGCUACGGCCUGGCGUAACGCCCAGAAGCUACGCAAGCUGCUCGUAAGAGACGUUGGCAAACUCAUGCCCCAAAAUGCUUCUGGCGUUGAUCUUUCCAAGUUCGAAGCCAUAGACAAUCUUUUGGACAAAUUCCGCCUUGCCUGUGUGGCAACCAUUUUUCACGAUCUUGACUAUGCCAUCACACAGAAGACGGAGGAGCAUUUAUGGUCCACACACACUACGGUUAAUACCGAGUAUCGACACAUCCUAAGCCGCCUUAAGCAAUCUUCCCAUGCUGUCGAGAAGCGCAAGGUGGAAAAGAUGUACCACAAUUUCCUGCGAAUCGCUGCCAAGUUUUAUCAAGGUUAUGUUCAGCGCCUUGCUGCCUACUACGAUAUCCCAGAGCUUGAACGAAUCGCGCAAGGGAUGGAGCUUGAGAAAUUGCCUGUCGAAUCCAAGAUCAGCCCAGUCUCGGACGAUUUACAGCGCAAAAUCUUGUACUCUUGCCAUCUUACACUUAUCCACCUAGGAGACCUGACACGCUACCGGGUUCAAGCUCGCCACAAGAGUUCAGACUAUGAAGGAGCCUUGGUGUACUACGGGCUGGCUCAUCAUAUUCAACCUCAAUCUGGCUUCGCUUUUCACCAGACGGGAAUUAUUCACCUUGAACAGGACAAUCACCUUGAUGUUGUCUACAACUUUUACCGCGCCUUGGCUGUGGACUCGCCUCAUCCUAACGCCCAGCUCAACUUGGAGGCCGAGUUCAAAACGAUGCUAUCUCCUAACGGAUCCCGGUCCAGACAUAACAUCUCUGCUCCGGAAGCACACUUUGCCAUGUGGUUUGUGAAGUUGCACGCCUUUUUCUACAAAGGAGAGGUAUUCCAUCAGCAAGACGAACUGGAAGGGGAAGUGAUGCACAGGCUAGAAAUGGCUUGCAAAAAUGCCACUUCUCUCAAUAUUCUUUUAAAGAUGGUAAUGGUCAAUAUGCUUGCGCAUCAUAUGGCCACGACUCGCUAUACUGAAAAGCAGACAGAAGCGACUAUGCGCUUCUACCAAUUCACACUUCGCUUCAACGCAAGAUUUCUUCACACAUUCUGUAAGGUUUUCGAGUCUGAGUUUCGGGAGGCUGUUUCUAGUGCCGAGGGCCUCGACCAUCAGCCAGAAGAUUCCGAGACAGGCCAAGCAAAGACGUCUGUCGUUGAAGCCCUACUUCCCGUCUUGCGUAUAUAUAGCAUGUGGCUCGUGGCCCGCCGCAACGAAAUCUCCGGCUUGGCAGAUGCGUUUGGAGCGUCCAUCCCUACCAUGAUUCAGGGGGUGGCCAAAGUCUUGACCUUGCUCUGCGACGAAUACUACAACAUAGGGAACUUGAAAUCUUGCCCCUAUCUGCUUCCGGAGGACAUUCUCAUCUUGGGAUUUCAGCCACUGAACGAAGAGCAGCUUCCCGAAUACUGCAGAGCCUACUGCGGUGAGGACGGCACCCGCAAGCCUUACUCUCAAGCUCUUGAGGGUUGCCCCUCCCAGUCGAGUGAAAGAAUAGGAAGAAUCCUAGAUAUCCUCCGCUGUGCUUAUUUCUUGGCUAAUGAAGGCACCUUCCCCCUGGUUUAUAAAGUUGAUGGAACUCUUUUGGUUUUUGAAUAUCAGCCCAAUGCCGGGCUUCCGCAAGCUCAGGCGGCUGAGGCACAGGAUAUUACAGAUACCACUACUCAAUCGGUUGGCGUCUUGCCUGCUAAAGAAGAAGAAGAGACGACUCAAGCCACGGCGAAUUCUCAUGAGCCAGCAACGGCGAACGCGGUGCAGUAUUCGGAACAAGCCCAGAGGGAGGCCAGCCGACGUUUGCUGAACAACUCGGAUGACAUUUAUGAAGACUCGGAAGUGAUGGAUCGAGCCACAGAGACUGUUCUCGAUAUGGUGGUCCAGUUUUUGAGGCCACCGACUCCAAUGGACCUGGAGCGCUCUCCCAAGGAACCGGCAUCUGCAAAUGAUGUGGUAGGCUCCUUGAGAACUGAGCCAAGUCCUACUUCAUCCGUCGCAUCGCGUAGAUACGAGUCCCUUCCGUGGUCUUGGUUCGGCACGCCUAAUCCGAUUUUUUCUCGGGAAUCCGCACCGCCUAUGAGCCGAGAUGCUACAAAAAGUCACCGCAGCGCAACUCACUCUCCAAAUGUGUCUGUUGCAGAAAACAUACCCCUUGAAGACCCUUUUACUACGCCUGGUCGCGAUAUACCUGGAAACUUCUCGCGCAGCAUCGCCAACGGAAUUGGCAGCCCAGCAGACCCAGCAGCUCGGACAUUUCACCAGGAGCAAUUGCUGCAGGCUUUCAGCGUGAGCACUCCACGCACCUCAACUUUCAACCGCUGGUCACAGAACCCGACGGCUGCAACCAUCAUGCAGGAGCAGCAAAACUACGGACCAGCGCUAAUCUCAUCAACCACUUCUGCUUUUUCACACCCAAGCAGCCUCUAUCACGGCACUCAACCGAACGGCUUGCAGUACAACACGCAGUCUGCUGCAGAUCAAGGUCGCAUCCUCCGGAACAGCCUCCUGAGAGAGACCAACCAAGCACUUAAUGGUCAUUUUCAAAUCGACCAGACGACAUCAGAUUAUAACAGGGCCGUCAUGAGAUCGGCUUACCAAGACUCCAGGUAG